AUAAAUAUAGAGCGCAAGAAAAUAUAAAAUGUAAUAAACACGAAUAAAAGAGCAUUACGCGUGGAUCAGGAAACAUGCAACAGUAACAUAAUGUAACUGUAUACAUCCGCAUUGAUAUAGAGAGUGAAUAAAGGCAAUUUAUCGAGGAAUUUAUCAACUCAGGAACCAGGAUUCUUAUUGUUCGAGCAGGAGAGAAUUUCCUGGGGGUCCGAGCAUACAUAACUGUCGAGCGUAACGAAAUGAAGUAUUCGACCGUAACAAGGUGUGCAUGCGCAUUUUUGAGGCAGAUUUGCUGCCUCAUAGUCCUAUACGGUAAACCCCGUGAUAUUGUCGUUUAAAGUUAUCAAUUAUCAUGAAGAUCCAGAUUCUAACGAAAUGACAAUGCGAUACUGUUUUUUGUGCAUUUAUUUUGUCAGUGCCAUUUUCAAUAAUCGUCGAGUAUCUGCACUUGCUGUAUCCCAGUCGCCGAUAUUAUUUGGCGAAGAAAUAGAUUUGAACUCGGAGGCUGCAUCCAAUAAAAAUACGGAACGUGGUUAUAAUAUAAAAGGAUGGAGAAGAAUAGAUAAUGUCUUAACAGAACCGUUCGACGAGGUAGAACAAAUUGAGCCUCGACUUGUUCCUAGUAGUACAAAGAGAUCUACAAUGUUAGAUAUGACGACAUCGGCCUCCCCCUGGACACUGGCCCAAAGGAACUUGGCUGCUUCAUCGGUACCUGUGCCCACGGCAACCGCUGAUGAGGUCUUCUGCGAUUUUGGCCCAUUACCUGCCCAGUCACUCUGCGAGUGGCAAAAUGGGUGCGGGGCGCUUAAAUGGAUCACUGGUACCGGGAUGUCGACCAAUUGGCUCGGUGGACCAGCCAUCGAUUCUACUGUUGGAACAAUGGAGGGAGGAUUUGCUUUCCUCGAAAGCUCGCAACAAAUAGGCAAAUCAACGAUAACAAGUGCAGUUUCGGAUUCCGUAAGUCCAAAUGGAUUAUUGCACAGUCCUCAGCUUGGCAGUACUGGCCCAUACGGUACCUGCUUUAUGUUUAAAUACGCGAUCGACGUCCUAUUGCAUGCGGGAUUCGAUGAAUUUAGUUCGACAGCGGCUAAGCUUAAUUACACAAAACCUGGUACGGUAUCCUGCAACGGGCCAUUUCAGUCUAACCCGCCGGUUCAAAGUCAAAAAGACGAACGCGUCAUCUGGAAUGCCCACUAUCAUAUUCUUGGGAUAUGGCAACAAGCACAGAUACUUUAUACAUUCUCGGAUCUUCAUACGCUAAUUAUCGAAGGUAUUCCAGUUGAUGCUGGCGAUCCAUCACGAUCCUAUCGUGGAUAUAUCGCUAUAGAUGACAUUGAUCUUCAACCAGGAAACUCUUGUAUGGCUUUUUGUAAUUUUGCUGGUGGUUUUUGCGAGUGGACAAACGACUUGGAAGAUGAUUUUGACUGGUCUAUCAGUCGAGGAAGUAACAAUCCAACGACGGGUCCGGUGAUUGACAGAGGAGCGAGCGAGAGGCUGUCAACUGGCGGAUACGCUUACAUAGACUCGAGUUUUCCUCGACGACCAGGUGACGUCGCUCGGCUCAUCAGCAUGGGUUUGCCGGCCACCGCACCGGAUGCACCCAUGUGCAUGCACUUUUCCUUUCACAUGUUUGGUUCGGGCAUCGGCGAGCUUAGAAUAUUACUUCGACAUGCUCGUAAUCCCGAGGCUCAACUGCAAGAGAUUUGGCGUCUGAAAGGCAACGCCGGUAAUUCGUGGUUCGAUUCGCGCGUCACCGUCAGCUCCCUCGAUGACUUUCAACUCAUUUUCGAGGCUACUGUCGGGAACACAGCCAUGGGUGACAUCGCCAUUGACGACAUAUCAUUUACAAUUGGAACUUGCCCUAAAUCUCCUCAAGUGGCGGCUCCUGCGAAUUUUCCUCGGGACUGCAGCUUCGAAAUUGACGAAUGCGAGUGGAUUAAAAGUCGGGAGUCGAAUAUGCCAAGCUCGAUAAACGCGGCAGGCCAAGGGAGUCGCAGUCGAGUCGAUUGGGAUCGCGUCUCGCAACAAACACUCAGCCCACGUAAUCAAAGAAAACCUUAUAGUUUGCCAUCGAUGCGUCCACGACAAGAGUACUUUAUGGCUCUGCAGACUCGUGGGGUUGCAGCUGCAGUCACUGACACCGCUUAUUUUCAUAGUAACGAGAUCAAGGCAUCGGACGAACCAAUUUGCCUCACCUUUUGGUACCUUAUGUUCGAGUCAUUCAUCGACGCUACUGGUCCAAGCUUAGGUGUAUUAAGAGUACUGGUACAACCUACAGGCGAAAAUCUUGCCGUAGCGUUGCCAGUGUGGCAGCUAUAUAAUAAUCAAGGGCCAACCUGGAAUUAUGGACAGGCUACUAUUACUGAAAAACGAGACUUCAGUAUUGUUUUUGAAGGUACCUGGGGUCCCAAUCGAGCAAAUGGCAACAUAGCAAUAGAUGAUGUUGCAUUCUAUAUGGGCAACUGUAGUGUGAGACCAAAUAGUGCUGUAGUACGAGUUGAAGAUUGUAGUUUCGAAAAAGGGCUUUGCGGUUGGGAAAACGUAACGAGCAGUGGAGUGAACGACCCAAAGGUACAGUGGCAACGUGCCUUCCCAAGUCAUCGGCCCGCGCAACUUAUCGACAAGACUUUUGGUUCUUCUGGUGAUUUCAUAUUCUUUGACAUUUUCUCACCAAAUCAAAAGCGCGAAGUCAGCUUGCGAUCACCAGUAGUCAACAUUCCGCCGGACGAGGAAGUUACUUGCUUCACCUUUUGGUUUGUUGCUUUUGGCGUUGAAGAAUCUACAAGCUUAAGAAUUCUUAAAAUUGCUGUAAAUCAAAAGGAAAACGAUUCAAUAGAAGCAUUUCAAGAAGACGAAGAUUCUGAGCAGCAACUUUGGUCGUUAACGGCAAAAGGAUUUAAUAAUCCAAGACCUUCGUGGACUUGGGCACAAGUAACAGUAGAGGCUCGAUCGCCAUAUCGGCUAAUUUUAGAGGGAAGCGCUAGUAAUGGUGGCUUUGCAAUCGACGACAUUAAAUUUCAGCCUCAAGCUUGUCCAACCCGGCCAAUAGAGGCAAGACGAUCUCCCAUAUCUCAAGAACUAUAAUAUCACAAUGCAUAAGCUUAC